AUGCAUUCCAAUAAGAUGAGGUCCAUUAAAGUCACUGAGAGAGCUCGUAGACGAAGGGCAACUAUUAACUUGUCAAGCGUCCUUGGUUGUCAUAGAUCGACUUAUAACAGACGGUGGAAUAAAAUACGAACAGCUUUCAUGAAAAAACAUAACUUGCUUUCAUUGAGUGAGUUUGCUAAUGAAAGCACGGUCAAAGCAGUGGAGAGAGAAAUUACUCGCAAUGAGAGUCCUUCAACUGUGACACCAUCGACUAGCUACAGCAAUCAAAGGCUUCUAGAUAAUAAUGGAUCUGAUGACGUCCAACCAAAGUUCAGCAGUGGGGUAGACAAGUUGAUCAAGCGUAAUCGAAGGAAACAAGAACAGCUGGCUUCACAGGCUUUAUCUGACGUAACUAACAUACCGAAUGAUAGUUCAAGUUCUGCGUAA